AUGGAGGCAGCGGAGACACAGCUUGCGCGUGCACUUACGGCGCUUACCGAGCAUGAAUUCCCAUUAUCUCGAGGUAUGGAGAAGAGAAUGGAUGCAUACUUACAGCUAGAAGAUUUUCAGCAUCUGGAAGACAGUGAGGCUUCCGUUAUUCAGCUGCAAAAACACCUGCCGUCUCUAUUGGGUGAGCUGCGCUUUGACCUAGAGCACAAGACGUUAAGUGAGGUGUUGCACGCGUCAAUGCAAUGUCUUUCGUACUUUAUGAAUCAUCGCAGUUUGGCUUCCAGUUUUUCAGAUGAUGACUUGGCUUUCUUCCUUGGAGAACUCAUUAAACUCUUGUUCUCGACGACGGACCGGAAUACAUUCAAAUUGUGUCUCUGGUGCCUUACUGUGUCGAAUAUUCCAGUGGAGAGACACAAGUAUCUGCCACAUACAGUUGAAGGAUUGGUGCAUGCGGUUGUGAACCCGUUCAAGUCGCGUGCAAUCGAAAUCCAGGCGUUAAAGGGACUUCAUUUGCUGCUGGUAAAGUACCCGGAGCAACUGUGUGCUAAUAGGACUGUGUUGAGCAUUUACGUACGUCCAAUUGCUAGCCGUCUGUCGAGCAGCGACGCGUCGGCAAGGACACAAGCGCGACUGGUGCUUGAAGAAGCUAGCAAAUAUAUUGCAAAAUGGUCACAUGAGACACUUCAAAUGGUUCAGGAUUGCACUGAACAGUAUGUGCUGCCUGCCAUGAAGUUACACAUGGAUCGCGGCCGUCAGAAAGACGCAGUGUAUCUGUGGAAGUUAACGUUGGUACUGCUGAAGUCGAGAUUCUUAACCGAUUUGGAAAAGCUAAAUCAGGUCUUGUACGUUCCCGAAAAAUGCAUGAAAGAUCAAGAUGCAGCUGUACGACUGAUGACCAUGCAUGCGUGGGCUGGAAUUGUAGACAUUUUUCAUGAUUGCCAAGAUUGGUUGUUCAAUAAGGCCGUGGUGAUUUUACUUGCAUGGCCAGUUAAGGCUUGUUUGGAGCAGGAAAGGCUGUUGAACGUUGUAAAUGCCGCAUUUCUGUCAUGGAAAAAAAUUGUAAGCGUUGCUGUUCAAGAUUUUAAUAUGUAUUGCAAAGUCCAACAGCAGGAUAUUGAGGCAGGACAGCAGCAAAUUAUACCUGAGUGGAAAUUCUGGUUUGGAGAAUUGGUUAUGAGUCCUCAGCUUACUUUGAUGAGAACUCGAAUUUGUAAUAAUGAUAGCUCGUCCAUUGAAAUGGAGCUGGAGCAUUUUGUUAACUUCUCAGAACGGAUAUGGGAACCUGUGUUGUGUGAAUCUGGUAAAAGUGCGAGUGAUGCAUCUCGGAGCGAGAGCAGCAUAAUGUUGGAUGGGUUGGGUGUGAAUGAGUCUGUUGCUACGAAGCAGCAUCAGAAUGGUAGUGGAUUGAUUUUAACGGGUGUUCAGACAUGCGACGCGAUUGGUAUCACGUCCGAUCUGCUUGGUAUUGCUUUUCUGCUUGCAGACAUAUUUACAGCUAUCCCAGACCUGAUCAAGAUAUUUAAUGAGAGCCACGGAAAACUUAGCAAGAGGUGCGCACAUGAUUUGGCAAUGGCUACAUGGAAUGGGGUUUGCCAACGCGUUCUCUCCGGUAUGAAACGCAACGAUACUAUGCAGGUGUCUAAGUUUGCUUUGCGUCUCGUGAGGAUGUUAAUUGAGUUUUUGUUUGGAAUACUGACGUGGACACCUGUUUCAGCAGUGAUGCCUGUAUCUCCCAGUGUGACUGCUUUCACUGAGCAAUCUGGCGAACACAAUGACGGCAAAGCUGUUGUUACUACAUCCGUGGAAUUUGGAUUGGAGUGGCAACUGCAGUUACUCGCUCCCCUUGUGUCCGGUGUCGCGUUUAUAGGAGAUUUGGAAUGUGUGAUUCUUCAUUCAAAAUGCAAAUUAUUUGACCAUAUCACCCAGCGUAUGAACUGUUUGACUACAAGACAUGCUCAGUGCGCGAUAGUGCUGGAGAAAUGGAAUAAGAUUGAAGAUCGCGAGCUCCGAAUUGACUUUACCGCGAAGUCAAAUGUACUUUCAUAUCUUGUACUCAAUUUGCUUUGUGAAUAUGCAGUUUUUGUUGAUGAUAUGACGAGCGACUGUGAGAGCAAAAUGGAAUUGACGUUAGCGUCUUUGGAAAUUGUUUUGAGAAGGCUCGCGCUGAGCUUAAAGCUCCAAUCUAGACAAGAUUCGCGAGUGCUGAGCGUUGUGAUUUGUUGUGGCGAGACAUUUAUCCGUGUUGCUCACGAACUUAUCGCUUCUGGUAAUGUAGCGAGUGAGACAACGCCAAGAAGUGAGAGAACGGGCAUGCUCGACAAACUCGUAAGUAUAUGCAAUGACUUGACAGAGCACAGCAACGAAAGUCAGCAAAAUGUGUCGCUGUCACUAAAUUUGCAGGAAUCUUGUGAGCAUUUUGGUGCUGGUGCGACUGUUAGCACGACUAGCAUUUCUAGCGAUGCAUCUGAUGGAGAAGAAAAGAGUACUGGUGUCGCUGCGCCUGAGGCUGCAAAUGUGUCAGUAUCAUUUGAUUCUAGUAUCUCUUCACCGUUCUUAUUGAGCGAGGAGAAAUUGGCAAUUCAAAGCCCGAUUGAACGAAGUUCAUCCUCUUCGCUUAAUGAACAACCGAAGCUUCAGCGGCCCUCUCAGCAAGGUCCAUACACAAGCUUUGAUAAAAGUUACGAUGCCAAACGUGCUUUAACAGCAGGAGACGCAGAACAAAAGGAUGCACCGUCGUCAAGUACAAAAGUGUCGCCGAUACGGUCUGUUGGGUCUCAGUUGGUCCCACUGAAGCUGGUAAGUGAACGUGAUUGCCGCUCAAAUUUUAGCACAUUACAGUGUAUUUACCCAGACCUCGUUGGAUCUACAGAAGAGAUUGCGUCGCUGUUUAGACAUCUUCCGCUAGGAUUCAGGCCGAUAUUUUCGUUUUACAAGAUUAGAACUAUUGGUGACCUGAGUGCCUUGCCCGUGGAAAAGGUGAAGACUUUUGGGGUCAAAAAUCCCGUGAGCACCGUUCGACGAGCGCUAGAAGAGUUUAAUGGACGGAAAAGUCGUAUGCAGUCAUUAGCGGGUAGUUGUUUGGCCACCACAAGUCCAGCAAUUUCUACGCCAUCUCCCCACAAACCGACUAAACGUUCAUUUCCUGUAGAUUGUGGGAUGAUCUCCCCUAUCAUUCUUGAAACACGUGAACAUAAGCGUGCAAAACGAUCGUUAGUGCUGGAUGCAGAAGACGGCGACCACAAACAAGAAAAUGGAGGAGCUUGUCGGAAAUGUGAGCAGGCAAAUAAAGUCACGCUAUGCCUUCCAUUUGAUGAAGCUGAUGAAACUCGAAUCUCUCGCGUUGGCAAGGACUUGGAUAACCAGAUAAAGCUGUGUGAGAAGAUUGAUGAAAAUGACAAUAGGCAAGAGAAGAUGGACAGUUACACCGUCAAGCUUCUUCAGCAUUUACGGAGAUCUGCCUACUACAUUGACAAACUCGUUGCAGAAGCGGAAAGUAUGCAUAGUGGAGAAGCAAGCCUGCAGACCAAAAUUACGACAACACAUGGUGUUAUCACGAAUUAUCACGAAGCCCACGAUUUGGUGGUUCGACUUGCAUCACAACUUCAGAUUGUAGCUGAAACAAGCUCCAAGCGAUGCCACAAAUUGCUGGAGAAGUUUGUUUCAACAUGA